CAUCAAUUUGUGGUUUAUGACCACCUUACCUCGUGACUUGUUCAUUGAUUAUUAGUCAUAUAGAAGAAAUCACGAGAUCGGUUUCUUCUUUGAACGCUCAUCGAAAGAAGGUUCUGCUAAAUCAGUGAAUUGUUGGUGCAGCUCUGUACUUUUUUCCUUUGACUCUUGUUCGAAAGAACAGAGUUUCUGUAAUUAAUUUAAUUCGUUGAAUGUUAAAGUCGUUACGACUUUAUCAUAAUCAAAUAUGGGAUCGCUUUUUCGAAGCGAGGAAAUGACCUUGUGUCAACUGUUUUUGCAAAGUGAAGCAGCUUAUGCUUGUGUAUCAGAACUUGGAGAAUUGGGACUGGUACAAUUUCGAGAUCUCAAUCCUGAUGUCAAUGCUUUUCAACGAAAAUUUGUUAACGAAGUACGUCGCUGUGAUGAAAUGGAACGUAAAUUACGGUAUUUGGAAAAAGAGAUUAAAAAAGAUGGUAUCCCAAUGCUUGAUACUGGAGAAAAUCCAGAAGCUCCACAGCCUCGAGAAAUGAUAGAUCUUGAAGCAACAUUUGAAAAAUUGGAAAAUGAAUUAAGAGAGGUCAAUCAAAAUGCAGAAGCUCUCAAACGAAAUUUCUUGGAAUUAACUGAAUUAAAGCAUAUACUCAAGAAGACUCAAGUUUUCUUCGAUGAGGCUGAGCAUGGAGGUGUCGUGUCGCAGAUGGCAGACCCCAGCCGUGAGGAAGAACAAGUCACUCUCUUGGGUGAAGAGGGCCUCCGCGCUGGCGGCCAGGCUCUCAAGCUCGGUUUCGUCGCAGGAGUGAUUCUAAGAGAGCGCAUUCCUGCAUUUGAGCGCAUGCUGUGGCGGGCAUGCCGUGGCAAUGUUUUCUUGCGUCAAGCUGAGAUUGAAACUCCUCUCGAAGAUCCUUCAACAGGAGACCAAGUUUUCAAGUCUGUGUUUAUCAUAUUCUUCCAAGGAGAUCAAUUGAAAACUCGAGUUAAGAAAAUUUGCGAAGGAUUCAGAGCUACUUUGUACCCAUGCCCUGAAGCACCCGCCGAUCGCCGUGAAAUGUCAAUGGGUGUCAUGACUCGAAUUGAAGAUUUAAAUACAGUGCUUGGACAAACUCAAGAUCAUCGUCAUCGAGUUUUAGUCGCUGCUGCAAAGAAUAUUAAAAAUUGGUUUGUGAAGGUCCGGAAGAUCAAGGCGAUUUAUCAUACUUUAAAUUUAUUCAACUUGGAUGUUACACAGAAAUGUUUGAUUGCCGAGUGCUGGGUGCCGGUGCUAGAUAUCGAGACAAUUCAACUUGCGUUGCGUCGCGGAACUGAACGCAGUGGCAGUUCCGUGCCGCCUAUUUUAAAUCGUAUGGAAACAUUUGAAGAUCCUCCGACGUAUAAUCGAACAAACAAGUUUACGAAAGGAUUUCAGGUUUUGAUAGAUGCAUAUGGAGUUGCUUCUUAUAGAGAGAUGAAUCCAGCACCUUACACCAUAAUAACAUUCCCAUUUCUAUUUGCUGUCAUGUUUGGCGAUACUGGCCAUGGAUUAAUCAUGUUCUUGUUCGGUGGGUGGAUGGUAUUAAAAGAAAAAGGACUUGCCGCAAAGAAAUCAGAUAAUGAGAUUUGGAACAUCUUCUUCGGCGGACGAUACAUUGUCUUCUUAAUGGGCUUGUUUUCAAUGUAUACUGGAUUUAUAUACAACGAUGUAUUUUCUAAGUCACUGAACAUCUUUGGGUCAUAUUGGAAAAUUAACUACGACUAUAGCACAAUACACUCGAAUAAGGAGUUACAAUUAAAUCCCAGCAGUAAAGAUGAAUAUGAUCAAAUUCCUUAUCCAAUAGGAAUGGAUCCUGUGUGGCAACUUGCAGAAAACAAAAUCAUCUUUUUAAAUUCGUAUAAAAUGAAAAUAUCAAUCAUUUUUGGCGUUAUACACAUGUUGUUCGGUGUAUUUGUUGGAUUAUGGAAUCACUUGUACUUUAAAAGGAAACUUAGCAUAACUUGUGAGUUUAUUCCACAAAUUGUAUUCCUGACGUUCCUCUUUCUGUACAUGGUACUUCUUAUGUUUAUCAAGUGGGUGAAGUAUGGUCCUGAUACUGAUGGUCUUGAUCUACAGCAUAGUCCUUACUGCGCACCGUCCGUAUUAAUUACCUUCAUUAACAUGGUAUUGUUUAAUCGAGGAACUGCCCCAGAAAAGUGCAGUCCAUGGAUGUAUUAUGGUCAAGAAUCAUUCCAAAAACUUCUUGUAGUUCUAGCUGUCCUCUGUAUCCCGUGGAUGUUAUUAGCAAAACCUUUCAUGCUGAUGUACAAUAGAAAGCAGCAACAUUACCAGUUAAACAAUCAUGGAACUGAAAAUGGUGAUGUAGAAGGUGGUGUUGACUCAAUCCAGCCAAAUAGUGGCGUUGCUCAAGGUGGGCACAAAGAAGAAGAAGAAGAAGAGAUGAGUGAAAUGUUUAUUCAUCAAGGAAUUCACACCAUUGAAUAUGUUCUUGGCAGUGUUUCUCAUACUGCAUCAUAUUUACGUUUAUGGGCUUUAUCGCUUGCUCAUGCUCAAUUAUCAGAAGUAUUAUGGAACAUGGUUAUGAGAAAUGGAUUGACACGACAAGGAUGGGCUGGUGGUAUCGUUCUAUGGGCUGUAUUUGCAUUUUGGGCUGUUUUAACCAUUGGUAUUCUAGUUCUUAUGGAAGGAUUAUCAGCUUUUCUACAUACAUUACGACUUCAUUGGGUCGAAUUCCAAAGCAAAUUUUAUGCAGGACAAGGAUACAGUUUCCAGCCAUUCUCCUUUGAAAUUAUUUUAGAUGCUGCGGAAGCUACUACAGAAGAUUAAAAUGAAUUUAAACCACGAAAAGAAAUUUUACUUACAGUAUACAUUCUGUGUAAUGUUACUUUGUGAUAUUUAAUAGCAAUCAGUAUAUUUAAAUAUAUCUAACUGUUACUGUCAUCUAUAGGAAAACUGAUGCUGAAGAAUUUAUUAUUUUAAAAAUAAAAAGAAUUAGUUCUUUUGCUGUUGCACAUUGAAUUACAUCCAAUAUAAUAUUCACAAAACCAUUGUAAGAAAACUUAA